UCCCACUCACUUAAACCCUAAACCUAACAACAUAAAUAACCCUUCAUACACAUCAUUUCUUUCCAUCAUUCAACGCCAUGUCUACAACAUUCAUGAUCUUUGCUUCUUCUCUCCUGAUCAUCGCCACCGUAAUCCACCCAUGCUCCGCCACAAUCCCCCGGAAACUAGCCCUCGUACAAACACCACCCACCGUCCUCAAAUACCACAAGGGAUCAGUCCUUCAUGGCAACAUCACCAUCAACCUCCUCUGGUACGGCAGGUUUUCUCCCAUCCAGAAAACCAUAAUCAUCGACUUUCUUGAAUCACUCAACACCCACCUCCCACCUCCGCCGUCCGCCGCAUCAUGGUGGCAAACCACCGCGAAAUACAAAGGUGGGUCACGGAGUAUUCACGUAGGGAAACAAAUCUUCGACGAGAAAUGCUCUCUUGGGAAAUCGCUUAAGGAUUCUCAACUCGUUUCUUUGGCUUCUAAAGCUAAGGGCUUUAAUGUAAUCAGCUUGGUGUUGACGGCGGCCGACGUCGGAGUCGCCGGGUUUUGCAUGAACCGUUGUGGGACUCACGGCACAACUCGGGUUAACAAGGGUCAUAACUUUGCUUACGCGUGGGUUGGUAACUCGGCGACUCAGUGCCCAGAUCAAUGUGCUUGGCCGUUUGUUCAACCGACGUUUGGCCCAAAAACCCCGCCGUUGUUGGCGCCGAACGGUGACGCCGGCGUCGAUGGGAUGGUGAUUAACAUCGCGACGGUGCUGGCCGGAACUGUGACAAACCCGUUUGACGGCGGGUAUUUUCAGGGUCCGGCUACUGCUCCAUUGGAAGCGGUUACAGCUUGCACCGGAAUAUUCGGGUCGGGUGCAUUUCCCGGGUACCCGGGAACUACUUUGGUUGAUAAGAAGACGAGGGUUAGCUAUAAUGCGCAGGGUGUGAAGGGGCGGAAGUAUUUGUUGCCUGCUAUGUGGGACCCUAAUACUUCCGCGUGCAAGACACUUGUGUAAUGACGUGUGAUUUAAUAAUUUUUCAAUUUGUUUAUUUAAAAUAUACACAAAAUCAUUGUGAUUUUUGUUUGGGAAUUUACAAAAUAUAAUUGAAAUAAUGGAGAAAAAAAUGACAUAAUUCAAGUAUUUGUUUUGA